AUGUCUUCGUCACUGAAUGGCACGACGGGUGGACACAAGCAAACGGACAGACAGUUGUUGAAGUCGAAGAUCGAUAAACUCGACUACAAGUAUGUGGUGUUAGGCAAUGGCCUGAAGGCGUUGCUCGUAUCGGAUCCCACGUAUACCGCCAUUAAGGACACACCCGAUACGGGCGACGGCUCCGAGUCGAGUGGUCUGAGCGACAACUCUGACUCCGAUUUGACUGAUGUCUCGUCGUGUGACGAGAAGGACGAACCCAUUGAACCGAAUCUGAUCCGUCGGUCAAAGAGACGCCGCACUAAUAACAACGAGAAGUUGGCCGGCAUUGCGAUAGUUGUGGGAACCGGUAGUUUCGCCGAUCCUAAAGAGAUCCACGGUUUGGCCCAUCUGUGCGAACACGUGAUCACAAUGGGUUCCGAAGAGUUUCCCGAAGAGAACAGUUUGGACGACUACCUGACGAGUCGGGGCGGCUAUCAAAACGCUCACACGGAGUACGAGUACACUAUGUAUGAGGUGGAGGUCCACCGCAAGCACUUCUACGGAGCGCUCAAACGAUUGGCCCACUGUUUCAUUCAUCCUUUACUGCGAAGCGAAUCCAUUGAUCGCGAGAUAAAACCGGUGGACACGGAGUUCGUGUCGGCGCUGAACGACGACGACGUCCGGUUGGAACAGAUAUACAACGGGUUGGCCAAUGAGGGCCAUCCGUUCCACACGUUUCCCUGGGGUAACGCUCUUUCGCUUAAGACAAUUCCCGAGCAAAACGGAACUCCAACUCAGAAAUAUGUGAAGGACUUUAUCGGAAAGCACUACACGUCGGACAACAUUCAUAUUGUGAUUCAAUCCCAAGAACCCAUCGCAACGCUGGAGGGAUGGGUCACCGAACUCUUCACUCCUGUUAAAUCUUCCGCCACUAAUAAUGAGAUCAAGGAUUCAAAACAAGUGGACAUAAAGUUUGGAAAACCUUUCGAUAAUAACCCGAAUUUUAAUAAACUGUAUUUUGUGGAACCGAUCAACGAAACGGAUCAGAUCUCCUUAUACUGGUGUUUACCUCCUGUGGCCAAGCAUUACAUGACGUCUCCAUUGCAUUACUUGGGAAACAUUGUCGGCCACGAAGGGAAGGGUAGUUUGAUAUCGUGUCUGCGCAAAGAGAAUCUGGCUCUGGAACUGGUCAGUGGUAUCGACGAGUCCGGCUUCUCGAGCAACAAGUAUUCAUCGGUUUUCCAGAUUGGAAUCAAAUUAACAGAUUUGGGAAAUAAAAACAUCGAUAAAGUCGUGGAAUAUGUGUUUGAAUACAUAAAUCUAUUGCAAAGAGUGGGCCCUCAGGAGUGGUUCUUCGAUGAGAUGAAGCGAAUGGAGAGGAAUGCGUUUGACUGGCAGGAGGAACAGCCGGCUCUCAACUAUGUCAAGAAGUUGGCCGGCAGUUGGAAUCACUUACCCAUUGAAUAUGUUUUGUGUGGCAAUAAAUACUUCGAAUACGACAAAGAGCUGAUCCAGAGUUAUCUGAAUCUGUUGACACCAAACACCGCCUCUUUCGUCCGUUUGCGCACAAAUAUCCUAAAGGAUCAAAAGGAUGUGAGGACUGAGAAAUGGUUUGGCACUAAAUAUUCUGUGAAUGAAGUGCCGCCCAAAUGGCUCUCAUUCAAGAGCUAUGCGACCAAUCAUUUCCAGUUUCCAACGCCUAAUCCAUUCAUUGCCACCGAUUUCGAGAUGAAAGAACUCAGUGCCGGAACUCCGCCCUUAUAUCCGACCAAAGUGUUGAAUAACAAGAGAGCAAAGCUUUGGUAUAAACCGGACAACAAGUUUAAACGUCCGAAAGCCAUCAUUAAACUACACCUCAUAUCUCCAUAUUUUGCCGAUUCCGUGGAGAGCGCCAUAAAGAUGGACCUCUUUGUCGAGAUUCUCAACCAGAGUCUCAGCGAAGAGGUAUACGACGCCUCUUUGGCCGGUCUUUACUGGAGUCUAAGCCAAACGAUCGCUGGUCUGGUGCUAACGGUUCGUGGUUUUAACCACAAACUCAAUGUUUUACUUAAUUGUAUUCUCAACAAAAUGAUUGGCUUCGAAGUCGAGGAUAAAGUGUUUCAUGACGUGAAGAAACACUUAUCCAAAGAGUAUCACAACUCGUUUAUCGACGCAAAUAAUCUCAAUCAGUCGUUAAGACUUACAAUUUUAAACCAGCGGUUCUUCAAUAGUGUCGACCGAAGAGAUGUUCUCAACUCUAUUGACAAACAGAGUCUAAAGGCAUUUGUUUCCAAAUACUUCUCCAACUUCUAUAUCGAUGCCUUAAUUCAGGGAAAUCUGACUCAAGAAGAAUCAAUUGUUUUAAUAUCAGAAAUUGAGAAGAGAUUAGGUUUGGACACGAAGUCGGAUGAGUUAGAAGAGCCCAAACUGACCACCGCUCAGAUACCAGUGGGCGACGGCUUUUGUCGAGUGGUAUCGCUGUCGCCAACCAACAGAAACUCUGCGAUCACUAAUUACUAUCAAUUACUUCCGGCAAACAUUCGCCUGCAAUGCAUGUUAUCAGUGCUGUCUUCGGUCACAGAAGAGCCGUGUUUUAACAUUUUGAGGACCAAAGAGGGGUUGGGUUACUACGUGUCGGCCACUGAAUACGACACGUACGGCAUCAGCGGCUUCGGCCUCACUGUUGUCUCGUCUGGCAAUGAGUUUGACUGCACUUUCGUUGACCAACGGAUCGAGAAUUUUAUUCAACAAAUGGUUGAAAUCAUAACUAAUAUGGAUUCGCAGAAAUUCAAGGAUCACAUCAACUCGAUUAUCACCGCCAAAAAGGUGCCCGAUUUGAAGCUCAACGACGAGUUCACCCGCAACUGGAAUGAAAUCAGUUCUUUCAACUACUGCUUCGAUCGCAUCCAAAAAGAGAUCAAGUGUUUAGAAAAGAUCACAUUCAAUGAGUUCAAGGAGUGGUCGUGUAAUGAAAUUCUGCGAAACAAUAGCGGAACCAAACGAAAGCUAAGCAUUCAGAUCGUCGGUUACGGCAAGAAAUCAUUGGCCGAAUGCUUGACAUUCGAUGGAAAGACUCUGGACUUGAAAAGUGAUUCAAAUGAGGAGCAGAGCGUUGAAGUCGAUGACUCGGAACAGAGAUUCAAGAAAUUUCGAUUAACUUAUUUGAAGCCUAAAAAUAUCGAUGAAAAACAUAAUUUUAUUAAUGAUAUCGUUAAGUAUAAGAAGGGUUUAACUGUAUAUCCCGUCCAUAAAGUAGUUGAAUGAUUGG